AUGAGCCUUAAACCCACAACCUGUGCUAAACGAUCUCAGGAGGCGGACGUCAUCCACGCUCCAGGUCCUCUUGCCUCCGGGUCAACUGCACAGUAUGUGGGCGUGCGCUUAGGUGGCCUGACCACGAUUGCUAGUUACUUGCAAGCGAAUCUUGGGUCUCAAACACAAGAUUCUAGUAAAUUUCAGGGGCGGGGUUCAUCGAUUAGCGUCCUGGCGAAGAUCGGAAUCCGAGAGCCGUGGGCUAACGGGCCCUCGCUGCAGCUCAUCCCAACCCGCCCGGGCCUCGGGCGGCCAAAGUGCAGGAGGCUGAGCGCGGCGCAGCUGCGUGGCGCGCCGUGGGCCCGGGUGCGCGGCGUCCGGCCGGGAGCCUCGGGAUGCAGGCGGAUGGUAGACUCAGGGGUCACUUGCGAAGAAAAUGCGUUACAAUCCACUACUAAAUGUUCUGAAAAGGAAGGUCCUUUGCAGUCUGUUAAGGAAGAUGGUAGGAGUGGAAUGGACCAGGAUGCCUUCUACCUUCAAUCACUUAUUACUGAUGCCUUCCAUGAUAAAGGAUUUCAAAAAAUAAAAGAAUAUUUUCAAGAGAGAGAGCGCCACAUUCCUCAAAAAUAUAAUCAUCUUCUAUUACACCAUCUUGACAGAUCAAUAAGCAAGGAACUGGAUAAAAAUGAAUUUCAGAAUGUUUCACUGUUGCUGAAAUGUAUUCAGCGGUUCUUCAUAGAUGGCCUCAAAGAAGAAGAGCCUUUGUUAAUUCAACAAGGACUGAUCCCAAAGAUGGUUUCCUGGUUUGAAAGAACAACAGGAUUUCUGACCACGGCAGAUCUAGCCUCAGACACAUCCCUGGUUAAUGUUACAGAAGACUUCUUUGACACGGCAUUGAUUAUUUCCAGGAGUAGUAGUAAAGGGAAAAUUCAGAUGUUGGGUUCCUUCAUAUUUACCUUAGGAUUUCUGGUGACGGAAAAGACUGUAAAUCAUUUGAUUCAAAGGGAGGCUUUGAAGACUAUGAACUGCAUUCUGCAGGCUGUACCUCGGGAAGAGAGAAAACAACUCUCCUUGUCAGAAGGCCCGUGUCGUCUUAUGAAAGACCUUGCAAGGACAAUCUUGACUGUGGGUGAUUAUGACCAGCAGGUUACUCUUUCUGAAGCAUUGUGUAGACUGACAACGAGAAAAUCAAGGGUUGACCUUGUCCAUCAGUGGUUUGAAGAUGAUGUCAUUGCUGAAGCUUUCAAAGAAGUUAAGGAUCGAGAAUUUGAGACGGACACUAGACUGUUCCUCAAUCACCUAAACAACAGACUUGGCGACCAAAGAAGGGUCUAUUCAUUUCCAUGUAUUGCUGCUUUUGCUGAUGAGAAUGAGAUGAGAAAACCAGCAGAUGAAAAAUUAGAGAAAUUUUGGAUUGAUUUCAACCUAGGAAGUCACAGUGUAACUUUUUAUAUAGACAAUACUGAGAGUGCUCUGUGGGACUCAGUAAUACUUUUGAAGGAAACAGUGAUUAACUUCAACAUAACAGAAACUGAGAAGAUGAAGAUGCUCAUUAUUAACCUGAAUCCUAUUAAUAUCAGAAACAAAGAAGUAACAAAAAUAGAAAUCCAUUUUGAUUUGCAAUUCAACAUAUCAGAAGCCUCCAUUAAAGCUUUAGGAGAAGACAAACAGGUGUUGCCUGAUCAGACAAAAGUCUCAGAACUUUUUGGUAAAUUUGAGAAAGAAGACACUGAGUUUCCCACCAGCCACAAAAGAGAGACAGACCAAGCAGAAGAAUCCCCCGAGAUGGCAGAGUUAACAAGUGCUGGAGAUGACCGUUGCCUAAUAACUCUUCCCUUUAACCAGUCUGAGCCUGCCGUGAGUAUGGGGAGCUUAGAACAAGAUCCUGAACAGUGUCCACCAGAUUGUCUCCUUGGGAAGUUGUAUGUUUAUCCCAACAAUUCUGAUGCUUUGGAAAACAUUUUUCAAACAAAUACAGCUGAUCGUUCACCUGAAAAAUCAAAACUGGACGAUACACAGAAAGUUACUUCAAAACUUGAGAAUUCUUCAGAUUUACAAGAACCAUCAGUAAAAAUUCAGGUUUCUGAAUUAAAUGACAAAUCUAGUUACAGGAAACACCUCUUCUCAGAGAGUGAUCAAGAUUCAAGUGCUAGUACCAGUGAGCUAUCUUGGACCAGUAACCAAAGAAAGAAAUCCCUAAAACCAUAUUCUGGUAGAAAAAAGACAAGAAUCAGAAGUAGCUUAAAAGUCUUGCCACGUUUCCCUCCUACUAGUGGUGGUGACCGUGAGAAAGACAAAGCUAAACUUCUAACACCGUUAUGGAAAGAUACCUCCAGGCAAAAUAACGCCACACCUCCAAAAAUUUCUGGAACAAAAUUUCAGGAUAGUUCUGCUUUGUUAACUCCUGAAGAUUCUGCCCAGAAAACAGAACUUCCAAGUCCCCACCCCCUGAGCGAUCUCUCUUCCUUGGAGCACUCAGAAGUUGAAGAAAAUGUGUCUAAGACUGUGAACCAAGAGUCAUUGGUGAAAAGUACUAGCUUCAAACAUAAACUGCAGAACUUGGAAGACAGAGACAUAUCAGAUGAUAGUUUUGCUAAGUGGAAACAGUCAAAACUGGAAGAAGAUGAUGCUCCAGGGUCCCUUUCCUCAGUAGCAGAAGAAGCAGACUUGGCAGAAGGCAUUUCCGCUCCAUCCCUAGAAGUUAUGCCAGAGAACUUGAAUGAUUCUGCCGUUAUCACAACCUUUGAAAACCUCACUAGAGAACUGAAAAGAAAGUACGAGCUAAGAUACAGCAGGAGUCUACUUUAUUCAAAAAAUGCAAAGCAAGCACCGGAUUGCCUAGUAAAACUUUUGAACCAGAUACAUCAGUGCAGAUUGGAUAAACUAGAGCAGUUUCACAGUUUUGUUCUUCGAGAACUGAGAAACCUUGAGGAGGCUAUUCAGGCUCUGAAACACCUUGAGAAGGAUAUUCUGGAAUUCUGUGGGAAACAAUCAGAUGAACUGAAAUCAUUCUGUGACCUGCAAGUGCUGAGUCUGAGCCGCCUGAGGAGGAUGAAGAUGGCUCGGGCCACACAAGCAGUGCUCUGUGCUCGUUCAUUUCGCUCCACUCCAAAUGGAAUCCCUGGGAACUGCGGAGUUGGAAUAGAAUAUGUUGGUAGCUUGCAAUUGUGUUCUUGUGCAUUUGUUCACAAAAGUUAA